ACGGUACUACACCACAAAUUUUCUUGAAGAAAAUAUGACAUUUUUUGGAGAAACCUUUAGGUGGGCUGCCAGUCAAAGACACUUCACAGUGGCAUUUGUUCUGGUCACUAAAAUUAGUCAGAGGAGUGAGUUGAGUGAACAAGUAACAACGUUAAGCUUGGGCAUUUAAAUGGACCAAAACAUAGCUUGAGCAUUUAGAAAUUACUGUGAUGAGUUUUACUUGUCAAAAAUACCUAACACCUUUGCUGUGACCCUCAGGUUCUCCUUUCUGUGGAACUACGUACAUAUCUGUACUUUUGUCUUUAUAAUGCAAUUUAGGAAUUCUUUUACCCUGCAAGACAAAUCAAUCCAGGUUAUGGUCAUCAAUGGAGGGUUUAGUUUGUUUUGAGAACACAGUCAUUGCAAAUUCCUGAUAUAUAAAUUUAGAAUAUUGAGCAAAGAUAUGCUUAAUAUUUUAUGACCUUAGCAUCAAAGUGAAAUUUGGCAGGAGAAUCUAGCUUCUUUUCCUGCCAAUGCUUAAUAUUUUAUGACAUUAGCAUCAAAGUGAAGUUUGGCAGGAGAAUCUAACUUCUUUUCCUGCCAAUGGAUCGUGAGAAGGCUGAAAUUCUUUAAAAGGAACAAUGGAUUGCCAACGGAAUUGAACUCUCUCGACAGCAAGCUCCAUUCUUCCUUUUUCAAUUACCUUAUGCUGCUUGUAGUUUUCAAUGAUGGACUCUCAGAACUCUGAAGCGGCUCAACUUAUUGAAGUAGAUAUGGAAGUACCUCCUGGUGUUUCUGGCUUAGGUGGGAACAAGAUCUGCGGGGGUGCAUCUUGCGAUUUCUCCGACAUUAGGACCAGUUCAAAAGAUGCCAAAGAGAGAUCUGCAUCUAUGAGGAAACUUUUAAUGGCCGUAAUCCUUUGCUUCAUAUUCAUGAGUGUGGAAGUGGCUGGAGGUAUUGCAGCAAAUAGUCUUGCAAUCUUAACAGAUGCUGCUCAUCUCCUUUCAGAUGUUGCUGCUUUUGCUAUCUCCUUAUUCUCACUUUGGGCAUCUGGAUGGGAGGCAACACCACAGCAGUCAUAUGGGUUUUUCCGGGUGGAGAUUCUUGGAGCAUUGGUCUCUAUUCAAUUGAUAUGGCUCCUGGCUGGAAUACUGGUCUAUGAAGCUAUUGUUAGAAUUAUACAUGACAACGGUGAGGUCCAAGGCAAACUGAUGUUUGCUGUUGCAGCAUUUGGCUUGUUGGUCAACAUUAUAAUGGCUGUCAUGCUGGGUCAUGAGCAUGGACAUGGUGCACACAGCCAUGCGCAUGGUGGACAUAGUCAUAGCCACAAGAAGGCUGACCGUGACCACUCUCAGCAUGAUGAUGAUCACGGCCAUGGUCAUGGCAUUACUGUCACAACCCAUCAUCAUCAUCAUGCAAGCGAGGAGAAGAUCAAGGAUGAGCAUGUUCCACUUUUAAGGCAUUCUGACCAUUCUCUGGUUGAAAACUCUGGAGUUAGGAAGCAGCCGCGCAACAUUAAUGUCCACAGUGCUUAUCUGCAUGUUCUUGGAGACUCCAUUCAGAGCAUAGGAGUCAUGGUUGGAGGGGCCAUCAUAUGGUACAAACCUGAGUGGAAGAUUAUCGAUCUGAUAUGCACACUAAUCUUUUCUGUCGUGGUGCUGUUGACUACAAUCAAAAUGCUGAGAGACAUUCUGGAGGUCCUCAUGGAGAGCACACCACGAGAGAUCAAUGCCACCAAGCUCGAGAAAGGGCUCUGUGAGAUGGAUGGUGUUGUUGCCGUUCACGAGCUUCAUAUAUGGGCAAUCACUGUUGGGAAGGUCCUCCUCGCAUGCCAUGUCACGAUUACUCGUGACUCAGAUGCUGAUCUCGUGCUUGAUCAGGUGAUAGGAUACAUCAAGAGGGAGUAUAACAUCAGUCAUGUGACCAUCCAGAUCGAGAGAGUGUAGGGUUUUUUUUUUUCUGAUGUGUCACUGGUUGCAGAUCUAUAAGAUUUAUGUUGAUUUAAUAAGCUCAAGAUAUCAUCUUAUUGCUAAUGAAGCUUAUGUAGUAACUAUAGGAAGAAGUUAAUGUCUACAAUUGAUUGCUUUCUUAGGGAGGGAGCUGAUCGAGUUGUGUACCAUGUUGGUGAUACAAAGACGUGCAAUUAUGGUAACAUUUUGAGCUUCAUCUGCAAUAGACUUGAUUUUUCUUGUUCUUUGUA